GGUGCGGUCCACGUGUUGUCCGCCUAUUGUCCGCAUUUGGGCGCAAAUCUCGGUGUCGGCGGACAUGUGGUGACUGAGUCAGAGUCGGGCGACGACUGUAUUCAGUGUCCAUUCCAUGGCUGGAUGUUUGGCGGACGGGACGGACAGUGCAAAUCCAUACCUAAUCUUGAGAAGAGUGAAUUAAAACCAUUGAACGCAAGGGUUAAGUGUUGGCCAGUGAUCGAGAAAAACGAGAUGAUAUACGUGUGGUAUCACAGCGGCGAUCAGGAGCCCGACCACUACCCACCAGACCUGUCCGUCAAAUACAACAAUCCCAAACUUACCCUAUUGUCCACAAUUAACUAUAAUAUCUACACUACCCCCCAGCAAGUGAUCGAAAACCUUUUGGACACUGAACAUCUACAAUACGUUCACACUGUAAUUAUUCCUGGUAUUGUGAGCCUCAAAUACUAUACGUCAGGGGAGGGCACUUGGGAUAAACCACUGACAAUACGGGCAGAUAUAUUGGUGUUUGGCAUAUAUGUGUGUAGAAUACAGUACGACUACCGGGCGGUCACACCGGCGUACGGCGAGUACGAGUACAGUAGUGUAGGCGCGCCGGGCGUUACGCCACUAGUGAUGAUACUAUCGGGCGUUUGUUUGGGACCCGAAAAAUCGCUUAUCAAUACCCGAUUAUUAGGCACACCUACGCUAUGGACUCGGAUUUUUGUCUGGCUGUUUCACUAUUUGUUUUACCUUCAGCCAAAGCCCAAACCUGGCAGUAAGAGUACGUACGCCAACACGUGGUAUAUUAUAAUGGAUUCCCGAGAUUUGGCCACAAAUAGUGUUAAAGCGUUUGAAUUAUGCGAACAACAAUUGGUGGCAUUCAGGGGUCCGUCGGGUGCGGUCCACGUCUUGUCCGCCUAUUGUCCGCAUUUGGGCGCAAAUCUCGGUGUCGGCGGACAUGUGGUGACUGAGUCAGAGUCGGGCGACGACUGUAUUCAGUGUCCAUUCCAUGGCUGGAGGUUUGGCGGAGACGGACAGUGCAAACGCAUACCCAAUCUUGAGAAGAGUGAAUUAAAACCAUUGAACGCAAGGGUUAAGUGUUGGCCAGUGAUGGAGAAAAACGAGAUGAUAUACAUGUGGUAUCACAGCAGCGAUCAGGAGCCCGACCACUUCCUACCAGACCUGUCCGUCAAAUACAACAAUCCCAAACUUACCCUAUUGUCUACAUUUAACUAUAACAUCUACAAUAUAUUUCAGCAAGUAAUCGAGAACCUGUUGGACACGGAGCACUUUGAAUACGUUCAUACCGUCGUUUUUUCGGGCAUUAUUAGCGCCAAAUACUAUACGUCAGGGGAGGGCACUGAGGAUAACCCGUUGCACAUACGGGUAGAUCUGUUGGUGUUUGGCGUACGCUUCACUUACAUCGAGUAUGAUUACCGGGCGCUCACACCGGCGUACGGAGAGUUGAUGUUCACCAGUGUUGGCCUACCGGGCGUUACGCAACUCGUGAUGACACUAUCGGGCGUUACUUUGGGACCCGACAACGUGCUCAUGACUACCCGAUUAUUAGGCACACCUACCCUAUGGAUGAGGAUCGCUGUCUGGCUGUUUCACCGUUUGUUUCGCUCUCAGGCAUUGGAGGACAAAGUCAUCUGGGACAACCUUGUGUGCCCGCAAACACCCGUAUUAACCAAGCACGAUCGCAAGAUAGUCCACCUUCGUAGACUGCUUCAAAAGUUUUACGAUUAA